GCUUGCUCCGGAACGCAGGCAGUUUGUUUCGGAAGAUCGCGGAUUACUGCUACCAAGUUACAAGAAUGGCAUCAAUGGGACUCCAGAUUCUGGGCAUAGCCCUGUGUGUGUUCGGGUGGCUGGGAGCUCUUCUCACCUGCGUCCUUCCCAUGUGGAGAGUGACCGCUUUCAUUGGGAACAACAUCGUGGUGGCGCAGAUCAUUUGGGAAGGUCUUUGGAUGAAUUGUAUAGUUCAGAGCACCAGCCAGAUGCAGUGUAAGGUGUAUGAGUCGCUGCUGGCCCUCUCACAAGAUCUCCAGGCUUCCAGAGCUCUGACCGUUAUCUCCCUGGUGGUGGGUGUGAUCGGUAUCCUGGUGUCCAUCGCUGGAGGAAAAUGCACCAACUGUAUAGAAAACGAGGCAACAAAGGCCAAGGUGACAAUUAUAGCGGGAAUUAUCUUCAUCCUGGCUGGAGUGCUGACCCUGAUCCCAGUGUCCUGGUCUGCAAACACCAUCAUCAAGGAUUUCUACAACCCGCUGGUGACGGACGCCCAGAGGAGGGAGCUUGGAGCCUCCUUAAUGGCAUCAAUGGGACUCCAGAUUCUGGGCAUAGCCCUGUGUGUGUUCGGGUGGCUGGGAGCUCUUCUCACCUGCGUCCUUCCCAUGUGGAGAGUGACCGCUUUCAUUGGGAACAACAUCGUGGUGGCGCAGAUCAUUUGGGAAGGUCUUUGGAUGAACUGUAUAGUUCAGAGCACCGGCCAGAUGCAGUGUAAGGUGUACGACUCGCUGCUGGCCCUCUCGCAAGAUCUCCAGGCUUCCAGAGCUCUGACCGUUAUCUCCCUGGUGGUGGGUGUGAUCGGUAUCCUGGUGUCCAUCGCUGGAGGAAAAUGCACCAACUGUAUAGAAAACGAGGCAACAAAGGCCAAGGUGACAAUUAUAGCGGGAAUUGUCUUCAUCCUGGCUGGAGUGCUGACCCUGAUCCCAGUGUCCUGGUCUGCAAACACCAUCAUCAAGGAUUUCUACAACCCGCUGGUGACGGACGCCCAGAGGAGGGAGCUUGGAGCCUCCUUGUACAUCGGUUGGGGAACCUCGGGUCUGCUAAUCCUCGGAGGGGCCCUGCUCUGCUGCACCUGUCCCCCCAAAGAUGACAACUCAUACUCAGCCAAGUAUUCUGCGCCUAGAUCUACAGCUCCGAGCAAGAACUACGUGUAACUGGGGAACGGAUAGAUCCGACCCAAUUUCCAGAGAUAAGAUCAGACCAAUGCUGUACAUUGUCUAUACUGUUUUGCAUUUGGCAAGUUAAAUCAAUGUACUGUAAAACUAAUUUGCUCUAUCAAUAUCCUAACAACAACUCGAAUAAUUAAUGUUGAACUGUACGUGCCUGUUUUUAGAGUUAUCCGUGUGAGGUGAGAUCUGAAGUGAGUGCACUUACACCCACCACAAGCUCAGGAACAGGGUUGGCAAAUCUGGCCAGAGUCUGGAUGUGAAAGUAUUUGUAAAAGGGAUCUUUGUUGGAGAUGUUAAUAUUUUGUUCAAUGUCGAUGUUCAUCGCGUUUUCACCGAGUGCGGAACCUUCCUAUAAUACUGACCUGGCACCCGAAUAUCUGGGCAGAUGUGAAACGAGGCAGCAGCCGCCAUUUCACACCCAGCGUGAAAGUGAUAGCUGUGAAAUGGGUCUCGACCCUCUCAGAAUAGUUCAGUGUAUCAAACAAUGUGACUUUAAUGCCCGAUCACAUUUGUAUUUCUCUGUGAUUGAACUUAUAUCGCAACUUUUCAUUGUAUAGUGUGCUCUAAUGUUACUUCUAUUCACGAAUUUUUUGAAGAUUAUCUUUUUCAAACUGCCUUGUGUCUGCCUUCUGUGCUAUAUACUCAAUGAUCUGCGUACUUAUUCGUACUGUAAGUCAUAAAGGCCAAAAUAAAAUCCAAAUGUCUGAUAA